AUGAGCGAGACAAGUGAGCUUUCCCUCGAGGAAGUCAACACAUGGAAGGUGGACGCUCUCAAGUUAUUUUGCCGUAAACGAAAUCUUAAAACUUCUGGAGCUAAAGCUGAACUUGUAGCCCGUGUGUUUGCAGCAUCAGAGAUGGGAAUCCAAGUACAAGCAUCGGCUAAAGAACUAAUCAAGCUUCCCGAUCCUCUUGGGCUAAAGGACGGAUGGAUUGAUGAAAAAGAUGGGCUAACAUCAUGGCCUCCUAUAUUUCUAAGUGACAUUACGAAAUAUCUGAUGGCUGAUCAUCCUGGAAAGGAUAUUAAACUGCACGAACGGGUCAUGAAUGAGUACAAAGAGGGGAAAGCAUACCGCUUAUUUGACUCGGGCUUUCUGAAAGAAGUUUUCUACCAUGAACUAGAAAAUAUGGAUUUUUGCUUCUUGAAAGCAAAAUGUACGCAUUCGAUGAAGGUUGGUGAUACACCACAUACAUCAUGGAUUUGUUCAAGAAAAAAUGGAGAGAUUAUCAGUGCCUACUGUACCUGUACUGCUGGUAUGAGUGGUUCUUGUAUUCAUGUGAUGGCACUGCUGUUCAGAAUUGAAGCAGCAAACCGUAAUGGUAUGACAAAUCCUGCAUGUACGUCCAAAGAGUGUGUGUGGAAUGUUCCAAUAGGAAACAAGACUGUAAUCAAGCCCUCUAGAAUUUGUGAUAUGGAGUGGAAGGCUUCAAAGCUAAAUAAAGAGACGACCAGACCUGCCAUCGAUAGUCGCCGAAAGUUAUUCAAUUCACAUGAAGAGUUGAAGCCCCUGACUCCAAAAGGAAAGAGGAAGUCGUUUUAUAAUAAUUUGAAGGACUUGUUGCCAGAAUCGGCAUUCAUCAAAUUAGCAACGGCUGAGUUUGAGGAACCUACCUGA